AUGAAAAGCAAAACUUUUAAAGAUGUACAUUCAUAUUGAAAAAGUAGGAUAUUACUGAAAGAGAAUUUUUGUUUUCCUUUGGUCGAAAGUGCCUAAUACUCAAUCUUCAAUCAAAAUUAGCCAACCAUACUGUUUAUUCCAUGUUCCAAAAAUAUUAAUCAUUUUAUUAUGUCUAGUGCUUUAUGACAACCAAAGCACUUUUUUUAUUUCUUAUUCUAAUAAUCUAAUUUUAUACUAACUAAAGUCCCCUGCUAUUCUUUUAUCCCUUUCGUUUAUUUUAAAUUGAAUUUCUUACUUUCAAAGUCAUAACAAUAAUUUAUAAGAUCUUUGAGCUUUAAAAAAUGUAUAGAUCAACAUCAAUUAAGCAAUUUUAAUUUUAUGAUUUUUUUUCAAGAUGUUUGAUACUCUCACCUAAUUGUAAUAACCAAUGA